AUGACACGCAAGGAACUCACUGGCGAGGCCAGUGGCCUCCGUAUCCUCAUCGUCGGCGCUGGGAUUGGAGGUCUGGUCGCUGCUAUUGCUCUUAGACAACAAGGGCAUCGAGUUGAGCUAUUCGAGCGUUCGCGUUUUGCCAACGAAGUCGGCGCUGCGAUCCAUCUGUCCCCUAAUGCGAACGGGGUCUUGCGAAAACUGGGAAUCGAUGCGACGGAGUUUGGGGCCGUAGAGGCCGAGCUGCUUCGAGAAUACACACCUGCAGGUGAAGAGGUGCAUAUCAUGUCUAUCAAAGAGAGUGCAGGAAUGUGGAGACAUCGCUGGCUUCUUGUCCAUAGAGCUCAUUUUCAUGACGGGCUCAAAGCAACCGCUCAGGCCCCUGGAAAAGGUGAGCCUGCCCGUUUGCACACUGCCAGCAAGGUGGUCGACGUCGACCCACAAGCUGCAACGGUCACGCUCGAGAACGGCGAUGUGAUCGAAGGCGAUGUGAUUCUCGGUGCUGAUGGUGUUCACUCCUUCACUCGCACCAAGAUAUCAGAAGACAUCAAGCCAUUCAGCUCAGGCAAGAACGCGUUCCGCUUCCUCAUCACCCGACAACAGGCACUGGACGAUCCCGAAACUGCUAGUAUUGCCCAGGACAUGGGAGCGGUUGACAUGUGGGACUCUAAAGAGCGCCGCGUCGUCAUCUAUCCAUGCGAUAACAACAAGCUUUUGAAUUUCAUCUGCCUCCAUCCUGAAACGGAUACACCAACAGCCAUCAACCCGAGCGGUGACUCCUAUAACCAACAAAUUGGCAAGGAUGCCCUGCUUGAUGUGUAUAAGCAUUUCAACCCCCAAGUAAGAAAGUUAUUGGGGAAGGCAGACCCGCAAACCCUGAAGCUCUGGCCAUUGUUGGAUAUGGAUACCCUUCCAACUUGGGUCGAGGGCCGCUUGGCUUUGCUGGGCGACGCAGCUCAUCCAUUCCUACCCUACCGCGCCUCUGGUGGUGCGAUGGCCAUUGAAGAUGCUGUCUCACUGGCUGUUAUGUUGCCUGGUGAUAUUUCAAGAAGCGAGAUACCGGAGCGGCUGAAGAUUUAUGAGAAAGCUCGCCAUGAGCGCGCCACGGUCAUUCAACAAAUGACCCGUGACUCGACCAAGCUCCAAUCCCCGGAAUCAGCAUGGGGCAUGAUCGCGUACAUUUACGGCCAUGAUGAAUUCGACCACUCUGCUCAAGUUCUUCGCAAAUACCUCUGGUCCCAAAAUCCACAAGUCUACUGGCGCCAACCAAUUGUCUUUGGGCCAAUGCCUGGACCCCGUCAGGAUUGGAUGGGCCGUGACCGCGCGCUGAAGUCAACCCACUCGACUUUCACAACGGCCUCGAUCAAAUUCAAGACCAGUCGGACUCUUUUGCAGAACCUCUUUCCUUCAGACCGAUAUAGCUUCAUUUCACCGGGAACGGUCGCACGCGCCAGCUUCUCGCAGACUACACUGGGCGGAAUGGACUGGUUAGGAGGUGGUGGAUACCGCCAUAUUGGGCUCUAUAUUCAUGGCGUGCAGUAUAAGAAAGAGAAUGGAGAGAUUCUCAAGGGAACUUACAUGCCUAUCUUGUUUGAAAACCUUGCUGAUCCCAUUGUGUCGGGCCGGGAAGAGCUGGGAAUGCCCAAGUUGUUUACUGCCAUUGACGUGCACCAGCGGACGAGCUCGUAUCGGAUGCAGACUGGCUGGCAGGGUGCUGUGUGGGGAUAUUUCGAGCUGGAGGAUUUGGUUGAUGAAGAUCCUGCUGCUGAUGCGGGGACUAUCGGCGGCGAGGCGGAUGAUGGUAUCCUGGUUUAUCGGUAUAUACCAAAGGUCGGAAGAGAUACCAAGGGCCAGGCUGAGAGCGAAUACCCGAUCUUCGUCCCGCAUGCUGCUGAGUCAAAGGUUGUUCCUUCCAAGGUCACUCGAUUGCAGCGUACUUCUAAGGCGAAGGUGGAGCUCAACGGCCUCGAUUGGGACGCUCUGCCUACCCUUCAUCACGUUGUUACUCGAUUGGCUGAGAUCCCAAUUGAUGAGAUCAUCGAGGCCAAGGUUGUCAGUGGAGUUGGUGUUCCUGACGUCUCCUCGGCCAUGCGGAUUGAAUAG